GGCUUGUCCCUGCUGCAUCUGCCACUGUGAGGUGCCAAGCCUGGAACGGAGCCUGAGCUCCCUCCUUCCAGGGGCCCCUCCGGUUUAUGAACGCCGGCAACACUCAGUUCCCUGCUCCGGGGGCACUGAACCGGCAAGGAGCAAAUGGGUGAAGGCAGGAGCUGAGCUGAGCAGAGCGAGGGGGAUGGGUGUGUGCAGGCAGUUCCCUGGCAGCCCGGACAGCUCCCUGAUCAGCAAGAGGGGGCAGGGGCUGAAUGCAGCGUGGCCCAGGGGGCGGGGGCGGCUGGUCACCUUCAUCCCCCACCCGGGCCAACCGGACAGACAAGCCGGUGUCACGGGAGAGGGUAGCUCUCCACUCUGCGAGACUGGGAGCUCUUUCCUGGACAGACACUAACCCAUACAGCCCCUGGCGGGUGGGAUGGGGGAAACUGAGGCACGGAGCAGGGUUGGGCCCUGCCCCAGGCUGGGGAAUGGGUGUCAGGGCUGGGAGGCGAAACCAGGGCUUUCUGCCUGUGGAGGCUUUACGGAGAAGGGGGCCCUACCCUCCUUGUUUAUUGCACUUUGACCGCCUGGGAUUGCCCCGCUGGGAGGGGUGUGCCAGGUGCAGUAGCUCCUCCCAGGCUCUACUUCAACACACCAGGAAGCAGUUGACAAGCUCCCUUGUGGGCCCAGCAAGAUCCUGGCCAAGCCCUGCUAGGUCUGCCGGCCCGUGCUGCCCGGUGGCCCAGUGGGACGGGUCCUGCCGAGGAAUGGAGCCCAUGGGCCAGGCCUGGGCACUUACCACCCACGGCUGCUGGAGGGAGCCGGCCCCCGCACUGUGAUGGCGACCGUGCCUCCGCCCGACCUGAAGUUCAAGCUUAUCCUGCUGGGGGACUUUGGGGUGGGGAAGACCACCCUGUUCCACCGCAUCCGGGUGGGGCGCUUCCUGCAGGGGGCCCACGCCCCCAACGAGCACCUGGCCAUCUGCAAGAGGACCGUGCAGCUCAGCCACCCUCCGAUCCCCGGCCUGGCGCAGAUCUCCCUGUGGGACACGGCCGGUGAAGAAAGGUUCCUCUCCUUGAGCAGCUGCUACUUCCGGGACACGGACGCCGUGCUACUGCUGUACAGCGCCCAGAGCCAGCUCUCCUUCGACAGCCUCCCGCACUGGGUCUACGUGGCCCGGCAGUACUGCCCGGACGCCCCCAUCUUCCUGCUAGGGAACAAGACUGACCUGGAGCCGCGCCUGCCGGAGGACCAGGCUGAGAAGUUUUCCGUGGAGCACAGAAUAGCCGGCAGGUUUAACGUGUCGGCCAAGACAGGAGAGAACGUGGACAGGUGCGUGCAGGACGUGGUGCAGCUGCUCGUCCUCAAGAGUGACGCUGGGCGCAGCAGGCUCACCGUGUCACUGCAGGAGGCCGACUCCGCCAGCCCCUGUGCAUGCUGAGAGCCCUGGGGAUGCCUGGCAAACCCGCUCUGUGCUUCAGGAGCCUGCUGGGGUCCCAGCCUGAGCCCCGAAAGCCACUGUGCCACCACCAGCCACUGCUCCUGCCGGGCAUGGAGCCACCCCUGGAGAGCCCCUCCUGCCCUGUUACCAGAACGUGCUGCCGGAUACUCCCUGCCGUGGGUGGGGAAGCACCUUGUGCCAUCCGGGCACCUUUGUUCUCUGGAAAGGGAGGCCGGACCCCAGGGCCUGGGCUGAGCCCCACGUCUCUCCCCGCGUCUGCGGUUUGUCCUCUUGCUGCUCACCAGCCUGUAGGGGAGGAGAGCGUCCCGCAGGGCCAGCAUGUGGGCUGCCCCUGGUCGCGGGGAGACCCACGCACACACACGAGGUCCAGCAGGAAGCCGGGUCAGUGGUUAUGGGGGCUGUUCUGCCCUCUGGACCGGCAGCGAAUGAAUGCCCCCCCCGGUGCUGGAGGGCAGUCUGGGUCCUGUUUGAGAGGUGUGAAAAGCAGCCCCAGCUCCCUAGCGCUCGUUGCAAAUCCCAUUGUUCUCCGUGCAGGAUGGAGGGGUAUGUGAUGCUCUGUACCUCGGGGGAACACCCAGCACUCCCAUGUUCAUCCUUGUAAAAUGAUUGUGUGGUAGCCAAUGCAAAGUUUGUCGUGUCGGGUGUCUUCGGAAGGCUUAUGAGGCACUGAGCAUUGUUGUUAUGGUGAUGUUAUAGGUUGUAAUUUCAUGUAUAUAGUUAUGAGGAUGGAAACGUGUCCUCAUGGCUUUAAACAAGCCCAGGCAAAACUCUCCAGGAACAGAGGGGCAGCUCACACCUCAUCAGGGCAUGUAUGGGACAAACCCAACCCAGCCUCACAGGAACAAAUGAUGCUGACCUAGGCAGCAACAAAGGAUCUAUUGGACUCUUGAAUAAGUCACCCCUCUUCCUUUAGUCAGUCAGAGGAAUGAAUGGUAAAUGUUCAGAAUGGAGAGGGGUAACUAGUGGUGUUCCCCAUGGGUAAGUCCUAGGACCAAUCCUAUUCAACUUUUUCAUAAAUGAUCUGGAGAAAGGGGUAAAAAGUGAGGUUGCAAAGUUUGCAGAUGAUACUAAACUGCUCAAGAUAGUUAAGAAGACUGUAAAGAACUUCAACAAGAUCUCACAAAACUAAGUGAUUGGGCAACAAAAUGGCAAAUGAAAUUUAAUGUGGAUAAAUGUAAAGUAAUGCACCUUGGAAAAAAUAACCCCAACUAUACAUACAAUAUGAUGGGGGCUAA